AUGUGGCCCUUGAAGGUCAUCCUCUUCUUCAUCAACAUUCUGGAAAGCCCGCUGUCCUUCUCAUUGAACUCAUGUAUUGUUCUCAUCCACGUGAAGAACCUCAGUCAUGGGGUGAAGGUGACCCCCUCCGAUCUCAUCCAGCUGGUCAUGGGGGCGACUAACCUCACCAUGCGAGGACUCAUGCUUGUGAAUGGUGCCGGGUUUUGGCUUCCAAUGUAUUAUGAAGCGAAGGUCAUGCAUACGACGGUCAUCCUUGUCCCAUUUCACUUGUACUUCAACUAUUGGCUCAUUGCCUGGCUCAGUACCCUCUACUGGACCAGUAUCACCAACCUGAAACACCAGAUCUGCGUCUGGAUAAAGAGGGGGCUGUCAUCGUUCACGCCUCACCUCCUUUUAUUGUCGGCACUUGUGUCUCUUGCCAUCGCUCUGCCACCGAUCUGGGGUCUUCAUUUCGGGGUCCCCGGUCAGAAUUCCACUUUGUUGGAGAUCUCCUUAACGGGCUUCAAUUUCAUCCCCCUGGCCUGUGCCAGCAUCUGCUUGUCCCUCUCUAUCAUCCUGGUCUCCUUGACCCUCACCAUGUUCUCCUUAUUAACCCAUGUGCGGAGUAUGAAGACCAAUAGCUCAGGACUCCGCUGCCCCAGUGUCCAGGCUCACGUCAGUGCGGUGAGGACAAUGGCGUUGCUGCUUCUCCUUUCCGUCAUCAUCAGCACGGCGGACCUAAUCAUUUUCCAACCCCCGCCUGGCUUCCGUGGAUCCGCCGUUUCCGUUGCCUGGCUCAUAUUGGGUUUCUUUCCGACACUGGAAGCUUCCAUCAUUAUCCAGUCCAGCCCCAAGCUGAGGAAGGUGUUUCUGCAGACCUCCUGUGCUGGAAAGUCGGGUGGAGGACAAUAUUUAGGAUCUCAGUAA